AUGUAUCUCCCUCAGAUGGCUGCUUAUGCGAUGACGGGUAACUCUUUUAUUACUAAGCUGGUGCGUUCAUUGGUUGCAAAGAACAUGCUCAAUAAUAUGGGAGCGUCCGAACUCAAGACUUUCACAGGCAGUCUCAAAACUGGUAGGAUGAAAUGGCCGUUUUAUAGACCCGAGAAAGAGAAGGAGUCUUCGAGCCAGAGACCCAGUCAAGGCGAAGACCUCUCAGCGGCUCCCACUAGGCCCUACCGCUCCAUCGAGGACAUUUAUCGUGCUUACAUGGAACGUCGUGAAAGGCCAAUGGAUGUUGUGGAGGACGUACUUAAACGAGCAAAAGCCUUGAAUGAAGACUUUCACUUCAUGGUACAGUUCCAAGAUGAGGAGCCACUAUUUCGUGCUGCUACUUUGAGUGCGCAACGCUACGCGCAAGGCAAACCACUGUCCAAGUUGGACGGUAUCCCCUUCAUCGUGAAAGACGAAAUGAGUGUUGCAGGCUUCCAGGAGCUCGUCGGAACGAACCCAAAGGACAAGAAGAACCCCCGCAUAGGGAAAUUGGCGACCAGAAAUGACCCUGUUAUCCAAGCUCUCAUCGAUGCUGGAGCUAUACUCUUCGGCACAAGUGUGAUGCAUGAAUAUGGUAUCAGCCCCGUCGGAUUCAACGUGUGGGCACAAGGACCACUGAAUGCGUAUGACCCUACUCGCUACACUGGGGGAAGCUCCAGCGGCCCCGCCACAGGAGUGGCAUUAGGCCUUUUCCCAUUUGCCAUUGGAUUCGAUGGAGGUGGAUCAAUUCGCGACCCGUCCUCAUGGUCUGGCGUCGUUGGAACCGUGGCAACAUUCGGCGCGGUCCGAUACGAGAAUGCUGAAACUGAAAUUUUUACGACACUUCACUGCGGCCCAAUUACGACAAACGUCGCUGAUGCAGCCAUCGUCUUGGACGUCAUGGCCAACACUAAGAAUAAGGGCCACCACUUUUACGAUAAAGUCUACAAGGACAUGUUCGGCAUUCGCAUGCCGUCGAUCAACUUCGGUCCGCUGUACGCACAGGAGUCGCGCUUUACCAUCGGGUAUCACACUGCCUGGUCGGAAGACUGUGCACCCGAAGUCAAAGCAAUGUUCUACGAGGUCCGCGAUUAUAUUAAAUCGCAUCAAGGGUGGAGAAUCGAACCAAACUUCGAGAUGAGCCAUUGGAAUGAUCAGGCUAUAUCUCACACUUUGACCAUUGGCCGGGAGUUUUGGCAAGCCCAUCAAAACGAUGUUAUUGAUAUUCUGGAGCCGAACACGAAGAUGUCCCUUGACCUCGGGAGGGAACUCGAUGAUAGUAUAACCGAAGCAACCGAGAAGAUGAAGAAGUGGGCAUCUGAGCAAUGGAUGAAGCAGUUCGAGAAAAUGGAUGCAGUAAUCACUCCGGCUAUGGCGAUCCCAGCCCAAACCAUUCAAAGCGGGGUCAAAGAGUAUGGCCUCUUCAACUUUACUCUUGUGUCGAUCAUGUCCAAGUAUAUCUGGCCAUCGAAUCUUAUGGGAUUCCCGUCGGUCACUGUGACAAUCAAAACAGACCCACUCCCCAUCGGCAUACAGGUCAUUUGCCCUCCGUUCAAAGACGGGCAAUGCCUGGCCAUCGCUAAGGAAAUCGAAGACCAUUUCGCACAUCAGAGGAAGCGUCCAGAGGUGGUCGUUCUAGAGGAAGCUCAAACUACCACGAAUAAGAAAUAG